GAAUGGCCUCCUCUCGUUUGUAAACUUUCUUAUGUUCUUAUGUUCUUAUGUGUGCCUCUGCUCCCCGCACGGUACGUCAUACGCAGAUUAAUCCCGUAAGUGCGACGUCACUUGAUAGCAGAGCGCUGAAUCAAAACUUGUUCUGAAUGUCGAGGUAUAGAAGUGUUAAAUUUGUGUUAACCUUACUUCUGCUAGUAUUAGUUACAAUGUCAGACGUAGUUAACGCCGAUGCAAAGCUGCUUUCCCUAGACUUUGAGAUUUUUGGUCGUGUUCAAGGUGUCUGCUUCAGAAUGUACACUGAGGAGGCAGGCAGGAAACUGGGAUUGUCUGGCUGGGUUAAGAACACCAGACAAGGCACUGUAGUGGGUCAAGUGCAGGGAGCAGCGGACAAAGUAAAUACUAUGAAGAAGUGGCUGAGCACAGUGGGGAGUCCAAGCUCUCGCAUUGACCGGGCCGAUUUCUCCAAUGAGAAGAAGAUCUCCAAACUGGAUUUCAAAGGCUUCUCCACUCGAUUCUGAGGGAACUCACAGCUCUGCAUGGGUGGAAAAGAAUGUCUUGAUUCAUUCUCCACAUAAAAUAAAACCUGUAUGACGGCACGUUAAUGAAUACUUUACUGAGUGAACCAUCUCGGUUAAAAAUUGUUGCUAAUAUUAAUAUAAGAGCUGUAAGAUUGUACAGCAGAUGGGUUGCUCUUCAGUAAUUGUACCCAAGCUGGCGGUGUUGUGAUUGCUGCAUACUGUAAUUACCUAUUGUUUCCAACAGCCUUUUCUUGCAUGUCUACUUUACCUAAUGAACAAAGGCUAAAUAUAUUUUCUUUAAAAAUUCUCACCCUGAUAAUACUUUUUCAAGUUACUGUGAAUAUCCGUGUGAUGUUGUAAUUGCUUUAGAUAAUAAAGCAUGUAGAAUUU